GUUAAGAAAUAAUGGUAUAAAAAUAAAAGGUAACUUAGUUUUUUAAAAAAUACAAUCAGGACAGGCCAGAACAUAAUGGUGUAAAGUAGAGAGAGAAAAGGCCAAAAGAGGACAGAGCCUGCCCUGGCACGACCCUGCAGCUGGAGUGCAGCUGGUAGAAAAGCCCAGGUACUUUCCAGAAGACAGUGACCUUGGAGAUAAGAUAAUAGUGUAUUUUAAUGAGAAGCCCAAAGAUAGACGAACCAAACGAACCAAUGUUUUAAUGGUGUAAAUAUGACAGACCAGUAAAAUGACCUGGGAGGCGUGGAAAGUCACAGCCAAAACUGUAUAAAAAGAGGGACAAAAGCCAGUACAGUUUGAGGCAUUUCCAGUGUAUCAUGUAUACACUGUGAACUGUUCUCGGGUUUCUUUGUCGACAAUUAAACUCAGUUUGUUGUUGAGGUAAACACCCGGGUAUUUGUACUCCUCCACAAUCUCAAUGUCCAAGCCCUGGAUGUUCACCAGUGCAGUGAGAAAUAACUUCCUGCUGAAGUCGAUCACCACCUUCUUCGUCUUGCUUGGGUUUAUGUGCAGAUUGUUCUUACCACACCAGUUAACAAAGUUGGUGAUGACCUCCCUGUACUCCAGAUCGUUCCCCUGACAGACACACCAUGACAAUGGCUGUGUCAUCAGAGAACUUCUGGAGGUGGCAGCUGUCACUGUUGUGUCUGAAGUCUGAUGUGUACAGGGAGAAGAGGAAGGGGGACAGUACUGUACCCUUCAUCAGACACACAGUCAUGAAGCCUCACGUACUGUGGUCUGUUGGUGAGGUAGUUGGUGGCCCAAGCAGCCAGGUUACAGUCCACUCCAGCUCCUUCCAGCUUCCCCCUGAGCAGAGAUGGUUGUAUGAAAGGCAUCUGUGCAGCAGGUAGAUGACAGUGUCUUCCACACCAAUGCCGGGCCUGUAGGCAAACUGCAGGGGAUCCAUCGCAUCACUCACCAGGUGUUAGAGGUGGCUCAGGGCAAUCCUCUCCAUUGUCUUCAUCUGGUGAGAGGUUAGGACUACUGGCCUGAAGUGUUUCGGCUCACUGGGAUGCACAGUCUUUGGAACUGGGACCACGCAGGAUGUUUUCCACAGGAGCGGAACUUAGACGAAGGCUCAAGUUAAAGAUGUGCAGAAAAACCCCACAGAGCUGAUCUGAACAGUCCUUGAGCAGUCUGGCACUGAUGCCAUCAGUGCCUGUAGCCUUCCUCACCUUGAUCAUCCUCAACUCCCUCCUCACCUGGUCAGAUGUCAUGGAGAGGCAGGGAGGGGGAGUGACUCCUGCUGAGAGUGGUGCAAGGAUCAUCCUGUUGAGUGUGAUGGGGGGGUGGAGUGGGGUGUUGAAGGAGAAGAAGGAGGGGGAGUAUGAAUUAGAGGUGUCAGACCAUAAGGUCUGGGAUCAUGUGGGUGGGGGAGGGGACAGGGACAGGGACACAGUCAAAUCUGUUGAAAAACAGGUUCAGUUCGUUUGCCCAUUCUCUGUUGCCAGAUUCUGGGCCUCAUCCACUGUCCUUGCUGUGUCCAGAGAUGGUUUUUAGGCCUCUCCAGACCCCUCUGGUGUUGUUCCCCUGAAGGCGCUCCUCAAAGCUUCUUCUUGUAGCUGUCCUUGCCCCUUCUUAUCUCCCUCCUCAGCUCCUUCUGCACCCUCUUCAUCUCCUCCUUAUUCCCAGUUCUAAAAACCUGCUACCUCUCAUUCAACAGGGUUUUUAAUUCUGGGGUUUGUUGUUGGAGAAACAACACACCUUCUUUGUAGGCACAGUGUUCUCCACGCAGAAGUUUAUGUAGUCUGUGAUGCAGGUUGUCAAACUGUCAAUGUCCUCCCCAUGUAGCCCACAAAUACAUAGCACCUCCCAAUCCGUGGUGUCAAAGCAGUCCCUCAGAGCCAUACUGGCCUCCUCAGUCCAUCUCCUCACAUACCUUUUGGUAGGUGGUUGUUUAUUUACCAAGGGUAUGUAGACAGGGACCAGAUGCACCAGGUUGGGGUCAGAUCGGCCCAGUGGGGGGAGGGGUGAAGAGCUGUAUGCACCCUUGAUGUUUGCAUACAGCAAGUCCCAUGUCCUGUUGUCCCUGGUGUUGCAUUUCACGUAUUGAGUGAAAGUGGGGAGAGUGGAGGACAGGGAAGCAUGAUUAAAGUCACCGGAGAUCGUGAUACAAUAGUGUGCAGGAGCUUGGGGGGGGCUAGCAGCUCAAUGUCCCUGUUGCAGAACUGUUUCUUUACCCUGAUGUGACCUGGGUCGCACCAUCUGUCGUUCACAAACAUCACAAUGCCCCCUCCUCCCUUCUUACCACUCUCCUUUGUGUUGCUCAGUGCUAACAGCUGAUCCUAUACAAUGGAGCCGUGGCUGAAAGGGUCUCCUGAUGCCAUUUCAAAGAGUCCAAGCAGUAAAAAUACACAUAUUUCUAACCUUGCCAGUUGUACAUCCAUAGGAUUAACUUCCGACCGAGGUUGGUGACAGAAAAGACACAACAAAUGAUGAUGAUAAUGAUAAAAAUAGAGACAGCCAGUUAGUGAAAAUAACUUCACAGCUGAUUACUCUCCCCUUAGCCUGAGUUUGUACAGCAGAGGAUUGGAGCAGCAUUUUUGGAUGUUUGUAAAUUGAGGAUAAUCCUGGAGUCUCUGACAAGUGACUCAGUUAUGAUACUGGAGCUAUAAAUUACACACAUGCAGUGUGGAAACUGUACUGCAUUCAUUCAUUCAUUCAUUAUAUAUACUGCUGGUACUUAAAGGUGGCAGGAGCCUGGAGUCCUUUCCCAGCUGGUUAGUGAAAGUAACUUCCCUGUUACAUCUGAUUAUUUUCAUCCUGGCCUCUCCCAGCGUGAGUGAGAGGCAGGGUACACCCUGGACAGAUCACCGGUCUAUCACAGGGCCAACAAAUACAAACAACCAUUCACACCUACAGGGAAUUUGAAAUAACCAGUCAACCUAACCUGCAUGUCUUUGGACUGUGGGAGGAAGCCAGAGAGAACCCACACACAGGAACAGGGAGAAAAACCCCAGAUGAACCAAGGAUUGAACCUGGAACCUUCUCGUUGUGAUGCAACAGUGCUAACCACCACCCCACUCUACCACCCGAAACUGAACUUACAAAUUAGAAAAAAAAAAACAACAAAACUAGCAAUAACAAGUAAACAAGCAAAUUACAGUGUGAUUUAUCAUCUCUGUGCAGGAACUGCAGUAAGUUUGAGAAGACUGAGACAGUCACACAAGUAGGAACACCUCAGUAUGUAGUGGUUGGUUGUUUGGCUCUGCUUAGAGAUCUUUAAAAGUCACCACUGUUGCAAGAUUAGAAAAUGUAGAUAAUCUGCAGUCUGCAGCCGAGUCACAUGACUGUGUGGGAAUGAACUGAACGUAGUCAGAAUAUGAUCAAAGUCAAUGGAAGUAGUCAGCUUCUGUUGAUAAUAUCUCACAGAGACAGAAAGCCACAUGAGGGCUUCAAAUGCAAAACCAAACAGAGCUUCUUUAGCUCAGAAUUGUUACAGGUGAAGAUUUAGAUUUAUAGUUAAACAAAUGAAGAUUCUGCAGUCAAAAUAAACAACUUCUGUUUACAGAUGAACCACUUCUGUACAGACACGUUUAACAUCAUGUAGAUAAUGAUCUGAUGUGGUCUGUCAGAGGAAGUGGUAUAAAACCAGCCCAUCUCCUCAUUUUCCGAUAGCGACUCUGUAACGUCCAGUCUAUCCUGAUGAAGAAACUCUGCUCAGAGGAUGUAUUCUAACCUCCUGUACUGUAAAUGGUUGAAGCCCUUGGUGAGUAAACAGCUGUUAAUACUGAUGUUAGCUAUGUAGCAAUAGCUAAACUUACAAAUAGCUCCUUUAAAUCAUCUUCAUCUAUUUACAGAAGAUAAUUCUGUUACCUGCUGCUGUUUCUGCCUCGUUUUGGUUUGAAGUGUUUUCCGUAUUCUAACCUUGCUACUUGAAACCAUUUUAAAAGACUAUUUUAAAUAAAUUUUAACCAGCUGAUGUCUUCAGUUCUGCAUCAGUCCAACAGAUAAUCAGCUUCUGAACAGCACUGGCUGGUGGAGGAAACAGUUCAACUGAUCAGGAGCUAAAGUCAGUAAUUCUAUAAAACUUAACAUUAAAUUAGUUGUUAGUUCAUUUGUUCAUUUACCUGUUUUAUAAAACAUUUCAUCACUGUUCUCAUUUUCAAACAUCAGUUUAUGUAUUUAGUUUUAGUUUAAUCAUGAUGAAAAAAAAUAGUCAAAAAAUAGUUUUGAUGGAUGAAAUUAGACUAGACUUAGACAGACUUUUAUUGUCAUUCAAUAUGCAGCAAGUGUAUACAGAACGAAAUUUCGUUUGCAUAGGCCUCAGUUUUUCAGUUUCAAUGUAGUGCAAAUGUAUAUGCAAAAAUUCUGCAAGAAGAAUGGGAAUGUAUAUACAUAAAUAUUAAAUAUGUACAGCAGGAUUUUAUGUGCAGCAGGAUUAUAUGUACAGCAGGAUUAGACAGAAGUGCUUAACGCUGUGCUGAGAGCAGAUGAUGUUUAAAGUUUUAUAUCUGACUUUCUAAAGCGUCAUUAACUUACAAAUGAUUAAAUCUAUGAGCUGAGCUGAGCUGCAGCUAAGAGGAAGAACUGACCACACUCCUGCUACUGUUAACUGGUUCUGGUCCUCGUCCUAAAGCCUUAAGUUUCGAGUGAUAUUUUAGAUUAUGUCUUUCUGUUUACUCCUCAUUAAAGCCUCCACAAACAUGAGUGACCUGGUGAGUUUGAGACUGAACUCAUCCUUCAACACGUCCUUCAUUAUAAACCAGACCCCUGACAACUCGACAGACUGUGCUCAGGUCGACACCUCAGCCCAGCUCCUCUUCAUACCUAUCUACAGUCUGGUGUUUCUGGUGAGUCUUCACAUCACACUCACAUUUGUUGUGCUGUUCAAACAUGUUUUCCAUAAGAAAUGAUACUAGUAAUGUCUUCAGCCAUUUAACAGUUUUUAUGAAAUGAAAACACUUCAUCAGGCUAAAGGACUAAGUAGCUCCACCCUACAAAAGAACAAUGACCUUUUUAAUCCUGUGUUUUAUGGAUCAUCCCUUGCUGAUUUAACCAUUCUGUUAGCUUAACUUCAGUCUGUUAGCAUGGGAUCAUGAAUGAUCCCUGUUCUGGACCUUUUUCACAAAACUGACUCUUCAGAACAAGUCAGCUGGAAACAUUAAAGUCUGUCAGAGACAUUGUUUUCAACCAGCUCAUGAAGCUAACUUUAGCUGAUGAAAUCUGCAAGCAACAGUUUCAGCCUGAAACACUGACAGUCACUGGUGAGAAGGUGCUUUUGUUUACCCCUGUCUGUGAUGAAGGACCCAUUGUUCCUGCCUUCUCCAUGUUUCCUCUGCAGGUGGGUCUUCUACUCAACAGCUUCACCAUGAAGUUUUAUUUCUGCCGAGGCCAACAGAGGUCGUCCAGCAGCAUGAUGGUCUACCUGAAGAACCUGGCAGCUGCCGACUUCCUGUUCUGCCUCUGUCUCCCCCUCCGCAUCGCCAAAUACUCCAACUGCUCCAUCACCAUCCACCAGAUCUUCUGCUCCUUUGGUGCCUCCGCCUUUUACCUCAACAUGUACGCCAGCAUCCUGUUCAUGGGUUACAUCGCUGCUAACAGGUAUCUGAAGAUCGUCCAUCCUUCACAAACUCACAUCCUGCAGACCAAACGGUCUGCCCACAUCAUCUCCACAGUCACCUGGGUUUGUCUCCUGGCCUUGAUGAUCACCUUCAUCACCCUGUUGCUCCUCACUCAGGAGCCUCUGACCUCUGUCCCUGAUAAAUGUGAUGUUCUGUACAGUCCAAUGACAAUCCUGCUCUUCAAAAUCAUCCACAUCUGCUCCACCACUGUCUUCCUGUUUGUCCUGAUCUCCCUGGUCUUCUUCUACUACAACUCCUCCCGCAAGGUGUUGCUGGCACAGCAGAGGCAGCCAACCUCCUCUGACUCUAAGAAGCUUGUGAAGUCCCGCAGGAACAUGUUGGUGCUGGUCAGCGUCUUCUGUGUUUGCUUCGUCCCCUACCACCUGGUUCGCCUUCCCUACACCUUCCUGUGGAGGAGGUGGUCUGUGAACCAAGUGUUCCGCUAUCUGCAGGAAGUGACCAUCACAGUGUCGGUUUUAAACAUCUGCCUGGACCCACUCAUCUACUUUUUCCUCUGCACGGCGUUCAGGAACCAGCUGAACCCGAGGAAGGUGUUUAACACCGUAAGAGUGAAUAUGCAAACACCAAACUCAGAGACAAGAAGCAGCACAGAGAAUCUGAGCACCAUCGGCAUUAACUCAGCUAACAACAGCCAGCAACACAAAUGAGCUGUUACUGAAAGACACACCACACACCACAACCAUGCAUGUGAUAAAACAGACACCAGUUAGUGAAAUUAACUUCCCUGUCACAGCUGAUUAUUUUCAUUCCCACCACUGAGUCUCUACAGACGACCUGACCUGAAUAAUAAAUCUUAUUUUCAACCACCACACAGGAUGUGAUGGUGUUUUGUGGUGUCUCAGGAGCUGAUUUGACGCAGCUGUACAGAUUGUGUGCAAGACAAUGACAUCAGGAGAGUGAGGAGAGCAGUGCUUGACCAGUUAAAGAUAAAAAUAAAUGCCAAUUAGAACAACACUGAAGUGAUAUAUCUCCUCUUGUCUCAGAGCCACAUUCUGUUCUAUAAGGACCUAAGGUUGCCUGUUUUCCUCUUAGACUUAGACUAGACUUUAUUGAUCCCUUUGGGAUGACUCCCUCAGGGAAAUUAAGUAAGUAACUAUCCACUCUUUUCAGGAACAGCUCAGUAUGUACUGGUUGGUUGUUUGGCUCUACUUACCAAUCUACAGAAGUCAUCACUGUUGCAAGAUUAGAAAUGUUGAUAAUCUGCAGUCAUUUGUUAAUCAAAGCAGCCUUCAACUCACCAAGUCACAUGACUGUGUGUGAAUGAACUGAACAUAGUCACUGUUGUGGAGCUGUUAGCUUAGCUUGUUCUUCAGACACUUAUCACCCACAAAUUCAAAAUAAUGAGACUAUUUCCGUGACAUAAAGGCCGUCCUCUUUGCCAUCUCAAUAACUACCACCACUGUGUUACAUCACCUUUUCUUCUGAUAACACUCUGGGAACUGAAGACACUAAUGGUUGAAGCUUUGAGAGUGACCAUACAUUUUCAGUGGAAGACAGGUGUGGACUGCAGGUAGACCAGUCAGUCAGACCACAGCAGACUUUCCCACUUUGGCUCAGUCAAUCUCAGAUGAGCUCAGACAUGUUUAACAUCACAUAGGAAAUUAUGUGAUAUGGUCUGUCAGAGGAAGUGGUAUAAAAACAACCCAUUCUCUCUUUCUGGUAUCGACUCUAUAUAGCAUCCAGUCCAUCCUGAAGAAGAAACUCUGCUCAGAGGACGUAUUUUAACCACCUGUACUGUAAAUGGUUGAAGCUCUUGGUGAGUAAACAGCUGUUAAUGCUAACGUUAGCUAUGUAGCAAUAGCUAAACUUACAAAUAGUCUUCUAUUUAAAGACUGAAGAUAACUGCAUCAGUCCUGACAGAUAAAUCAGCUUCUGAACAGCACUGGCUGGUGGAGGAAACUGAUCAGGAGCUACAGUCUGUGAUUCUAUAAAUCUUUACAUUAAAACAGUUGUUACUUUAUUUGUUCAUUCACCUGUUUUAUAAAACAUUUCAUUCUCAUUUUCAAGUUUAUGUAUUUGGUUUUAGUUUAGUUUCCAUCAUGAUGAAGUUAUCAACAAAUAGUUUUGAUGGAUAAAGUUAUUCCUCCAUAAAGUAAAUGUAAAAGAUUUUAAGCAGGAUGGUCUGCAGAAGACCUGCAGAAAUAUUUAAAGCCUUGUAACUAUUCCAACAUCUGUCCAACAAUCUGCCAAAGACUGUCUUCUGCAGUGAACCUCAUUGUUGUUCAGUUAAACUGAGGGGAGGUACUAUCACUCAAGAACAAUCCAUAUAUGGUUUACAUUUCAAAUUCAAGACAUUUCAUAGGAUCAAUAAUCAAAAGCAUUUCUCAUUAUGACAUGUUAAAAACAAAGCAUUUAAUUGGUUACAUUGAACAUUUAUUGAGUACUUGCAGGCGUCACCUAAAUAAAGUCAUCACACCCAGAAUAAUAAAAAAAGACCUCACACAGAUGCCUGUUAUUAUUAGAAUCAGCCCUGACAAGAGGAAAUCACCAACAGCAGGUGUUAAACACAGGCAGUUUGCAACAUAUGCAACAGUGAAAGCUGAUCAGUUCUCAAUGAUCUUUUCAGCAGUUGAAAUAAAACAGUUGGAUUCUCCUCUUGUCAACCCUUUUUUUUUGUUCUUCUUAUACAUUAGUUGGAGUUUGGGCAGAAUCAAAACUUGUUCUUUCCACAAUAUGGAUUUCAUGCAGAAAAAAAAAAUUCAAGGCAAGGCACUAUUAAUUAUAGAGGACGUUUCAAACAGAGAAAAUCAGUGUUGUGUUUGUAGCUGUGAAAAAUAAUGUCACCGUCAUGGUGAAGAUUUGACCCAGAUAAGCACGUUGAAUAAUCCAAGAAUCAAACACUGGAGAACUCCACAUGAACAGGAGAGUAAAAA